UCAGGGGUUUGAAAAGUGAGGGAGUGGAGUGUUUGGAAAUAAAAUCUGAUCAGCGUCUGAAAAGUUUAACAUCAAGCUGAGCAUGGAUGCAACUUUAUCACCACAGAAAUCGUCCCCAACAGGAGAACUACUUGAUGACGUUCCCAACGAAAAUCCGGAAUCAUUCUGUCGGUUAUGUUUUUCUGAGGAAAACAUCGUUCCUCUAUUCCCGGCGGAUGGCAGCUACAUCCGCGAAUUAACUGAAAAGAUCCAGUCCUGUGCUGGAGUGCAGAUCUCCAUACGCGAUGAUUACCCUUCCGGAAUCUGUCAGUCUUGUGUGGCAUUUCUCGAGGAAAUUCAACAGUUCCAGAACCGAAGUAAACACUGUGACGAAGUGAUCCAAGCGAAACGAAAUGUUCUGGAACCGCAGAUACAUGUUAAGGUGGAGAUGAGGGAGGACGACGGAACAGACAGACCAAUAGUAAUGGAAGGAAUGCCGCAACAGGAGUAUCCCCAGGCGGAUUGUCUAACAGGGAAUAGUAUUAUAGCAGACGCCAUUACAGCUAGUCUUAACGGAAUUGGAGAACUGAUGGGAUCAUUUUCGGGCACCAUGGAUCAAAUGGUGUUCCCCAAGAUGGAGGCAUCGAUAGCGGCAAACGCUAACAAAGAACACCGUUGCAUGGUGUGCAGUCAGGUGUUCCCUGAUCGGGAGACUUGGAUAAUUCAUCUGGGAGAUCAUGCCGAGGAAAGGCCCUACCAAUGUUUAGAGUGUUUCGCUCAGUUCCGAGAAAAGCGAUCGCUCGCCAGGCACAUGAAAGCCGUCCACGAAGAAGUGCGAGACCGAAAGUGUCCUCACUGUCCCAAGUCAUUCAAGUACAGCCAUCAUUUACGGUAUCACAUCCGAACUCACACUGGUGAGCGGCCAUAUGUGUGUGAUUUAUGUCAGGAAAGUUUCUCGCAGCACAUCCAGUGGAAGCGACACCAGGCGAAGCAUCAACUUCGCCCGGAACAGCUACUGAUCGCCACCCGGACCGGUAUCGUCACAGAGGACUCCUCUAUCAAGUGUGAAUUUUGCCCGCGCGUUUUCUCCCGGUUACAGGACUACCGACGGCACGCACCGAGCCAUAAUGCCGAGAAUCUGAAUUUGGACAGCUUGGCCAAGCAUCAGUUGGCCAAUCUGCCACAAUUGGAUCCGCGCUGAACUGCGAUUUAGAACACUAGGCACUUUUUGUGAGGAAAUAAAGCAUUCGGAAGAUA